UUCAGGCCCCAGCCGGGGACGUCGAGCUGGAACUUCGAUAAGCUCGAUAAACAUUCCUGAUGCUGCAUAGGAAUGUAAUCCCCCCGGGGCCGGUACUGGUGGCGGCGGUUGAAGAAGGAUGUGGCCUGAGAGCCGGGAGCAGAAGGUGGAGAUGGGCGGAGGUGGGUUGAUCACAGCUGGUAAGCGGAGGAGGCCUUGGCCAGGAGGUCCUUUUCAACUGGAGCUCGAACAAUGAUUGGCCGAAGCGAGGCUUGAUCCAACGCUGAUAGGUCCAGGGUGAAGAGAGGGAGGCGCUGAUUGAUGAGGCAGGUGAAGUUAAAGAGUCUUCCAAAUUGAAUUUGCGCCAAAGCUUCAUUUCAGUUGCCACUUUGCUUAAAGUUACAACAAACAGAAGAGCCUGCAGAACGUCAGAAAGAAUGGCAUCAAAAGCAGUUCAGAUGGUUUGUGUGGCUCUCGGCGCCAUCGGGCUGAUUGGGGUCAUCACCUGUUGCGCCCUGCCUGAAUGGCUUGUCCUGAGAAACUACAGCUAUCCUGAAUAUCAUUAUGGUCUGUGGAUGAUAUGUGUAAAGAACGGAACUGGAGCGCCGGAGUGGAUAACGUAUAAAAACGCCAAGGUGCCGUUACGCUCUGACUUUCAUGUCGCCCAGACCUUAAUCACCAUCAGCUGCAUCCUCAGUGGUCUCAGCCUCCUCAUCCUGAUCUUUGGUUCCGACUUCACCACAUGUGUUCAGAACAAAAACACCAAACCCAAAAUGAUCCUGGUGGCCGGAGUGGGCCUGCUGCUGGCCGGCCUGCUGGUGAUCAUCCCGGUCAGCUGGUUUUCAACCAACAUGAGAAACGCACCAGAGGGAGUGGUGCUGGGAGUUAGCAUCUAUAUCGGCUGGACAGAUGGUCUGCUGAUGAUCCUGACUGGAGUUCUGAUCUGGUACGUCAGCAGACCCAAAUAAAGCA